UAAAAAUAUUCGAAACAAGUUUUAUCUCUGGUAGAUUUGCUGGAUCGUGAUAAAGAUACUGCUACAAAAUUGAAAAUAUAAAUUUGGAUUCCUUAUUUCAUUAUUUUCAGCAAUAUAUUCUGCACAAGUUUGCUCAUUUAAGGAUAAGAAAACAUGGAUAACAUAAUCAUCAAAACGGAAAUUAAAGAAGAACCAACUGAUUAUCAAGAUAUUGACACAAUCGAUGGCUUCGAAGAUCAUAAUGUACAAAAUGUUGAACCAUGCGAUUAUAAGUUUCAGGAAGCCCCAGAUGGAAAAGUGUUGAUUAAAAAAGAAAUAAAAGAAGAAGAUACUGCGUCAAAGCCGCGGCAGUUCCCCUGUCCAGAAUGUAAUCUUGUGUUCGAUACCCUUUAUAAAAGAAAGCAUCAUAAAAUAACUAGACAUGAGGAACCUCGGUUUGCGUGUAAGGAUUGUGAUAAAAAAUUUCAUUACUUUACAAGGUGGCGCAAUCACUCAGUAAUUCAUGAUCCAGGAAGAACACGGAAGCGAACGAUAAAACCUGAGCGUCGCGAAACUGAUUACGUUAACAAAGUUGUGCUUGAGGAUACCGUUACUAAUAUCAAAACUGAAAUUACAUCCGAGGACACGAUAUUGCAGCCACAAGAUCAUCAACGGAAGCCCAAAAAGUCAAAGUACAAUCCGAAUGGCCCGUAUCCGUGUCCUGUUUGUGGAAAAGAGUAUUCUUCGUUUUCGGGAAUGAAUAAUCAUAAGGUACAACAUAGGCCACCGAAAUUCGAGUGUACUGAGUGCGGAAAGAAAUUUCACCAGCAGUAUCUUUUGUUAGUUCACAUGAAAAUUCAUGAAUGGCAUAAACAAAUAGAGGGGCAGCCGAAAUUUAAUAUAUUAGAGUGCCCAAUAUGCAAAAAAACAUUUGAUACGCCAGGAAAAAGAAAGCAUCACAAACUAAUCACGCACGGGGAGGCUCUGUACCAAUGUAAGAUUUGCGAAAAAAAGUUUCAUUACAAAGCUUCAUUGAAGGUCCAUGUGGUAGUUCAUGAUCCAGUGAGAAAAAUGAGAAUGACGAAAAGAAUUCGACGUCAAAAAAAAGAGAAGGCAAAACAACGUGCCCUGAAAAAAGGAUUACCUGUGAAAAGCGUGCAAAAAAAACCAAAGAAAUUUCAAUGUGCUGAAUGCGGGAGAAAGUUCCAGAUGCAAUAUAAGCUUGCAAUUCAUGCUAGAAUUCAUGACAACCCUCAAUCUGCUGAAAAGCCUAAACAUAAUUUGCCGCGAGAUCACACGUUGGAAUCACCAACUGGAGAAAACGUGCAACCUUCUCAAAAUGAAAGUGAUGUAAAAGAUACCCUUGAAGACACAACUGCCAAUACGAAAACUGAAACCGUAUUAGAGGAUACAUUGCCCUCACAAGAUCACACGUUGAAGGGAUCGCCCACUGAAGAAAGCUUGCUAACACUCGAUCAAGUGGUUCCCCAGUUUGAAUGUCCGCAGUGUCUGGAAAAGUUCCACUAUAUAACUCAUCUGUCGCGUCAUCAACAAAUUCAUACGAAGGAAUUUAGGGAAAAGAGAUAUAAUCUAGUGAAAAGACCGUUUCCAUGCCUGCAGUGUCCAAAAAAGUUCCAAUACUUAUCUAAUCUUAGACGUCACGAGAGGGUUCAUGCGAAGCAAAAUAUGGAAAAAGAUCUGAACAACGAAACGCAAGGCGAAACACAAGAUUCUACUGUGCCGUCACAAUCAAAUUCCCAAUCAUCUGAACAUUCCACAUCUAGUCAGCAAGAACUCCAGCCUGAGCUUACGCCGCUCAAAGCCCCCACCGUGAAAUGCCCGCUCUGUCCAUACAUGUUCUAUACGACACAACAGGUGAUCUGGCAUCAGAGAAAGCAUAGAAGUGCUCUGAUUGCCUGUGACCAAUGCACCGAUUUUUUCCGAACUGAACUUCAACUGCAGAACCAUCGAGAUUCAAAACACGCUUGCGCGGAGCAACCUUGUGAUAGGUGCGAUGAAAUCCUGUCAUCCCAUGCCGAUUUAUAUCAACAUAUGAAAGUUGUUCAUAAAACCAGAAAUAGAUGUGUAGAGUGCAAGAAAACAUUUCACCUGACAAACAAUUUACAGCUUCACUGUGACUAUAUGCACACGAAAAAAGAAAGCAUCAACAAUGAGGAACCAAAGGCAAAAUACCAGUGUUCUUCGUGUCCGGAAGCAUUCACACACUAUUACUUGUUACUUCGCCAUGAAGCAGUGCAUAGAAAUAAACCUUCAACCAUACCGUGUGAUAUGUGUGAAAGAAGCUUCAUCUCUCCAGUCAUGUUGGAUUUCCAUAAAGUAUCCGUUCAUGGGUGUGAGCCGGCGGGUGAUAUAAGCAGCAAGAUAUUAACGCCUUGCGUGUAAAGCCCAAUCAAAUCGAACGGCCAUUGAGUGAGUUUGAAUAAAACAAGAUAUGUCCAAACAAUACAUGGCAGACACUAUGGUGGCAAUACCCGGUCGAGUAUGUAGUGCAAUUAGGUAAAUUGAUACAUACUUCUGAAUAUUUAUUCUGUUCUCCGUACAAUGAAGCGUUAAUUAAACAUAGGUUAGUGAACGAAGAAAUUAUUUUCAAACGACUCUUAAUAUAAAUGAAUUUUACGUGAA